AUGUCGCCUGGGGAGUUGCUACUCCUAGCAUCUGAGCGGGACACCCUGGCAGACACGUUCAGCUUCGGCUUGGACUUCAGAUCGGCUGGGGGGGAGGGUGCUGCUGAGGGAGACGCUCUGGUGUCCACAAUUGGGGGGGUACCUGGCAGCCCCCACUCCCAGCGGCGCUCGGUGCAGAAGCAGCUUCCCGUUCUCUCCGAAGAGGGACAGAGAGGAUCUCUUUUCUUGGGAAGUAGCCCCUGUCUUGUCCCCGUCUGGGCAUCUCCUGGCAGACACACAGGGAGUAUCACGUUGUUUGCGGCCAUUACCAUCAUCCUGGGAUGCCUUAAAAUUGGGUACUUCGUUGGAUUCUCUGAAUGUUUAUCAGCCACUGAAGGAGUCUUUCCUGUCACACAUGCAGUACAUACUCUGUUGCAGGUGUAUUUUCUUUGGGGGCAUGCAAAGGAUGUCAUCCAGUCUUUCAAAACCCUGGAAAGGUUUGGGGUGAUACACUCGGUGUUCACCAAUCUGCUUCUGUGGACCAAUGGCGUCCUGAAUGAAUCAAAGCACCAACUUAAUGAGCACAAGGAACGGCUCAUCACUCUGGGCUUUGGGAACAUCACAAUAGUCUUGGAUGACCACACGCCUCCGUGUAACUGCUCGCCCCCGACGUUCUGCUCUGCCAUCUCCCAGGGGAUCUACUACCUCUACCCCUUCAACAUAGAGUAUCAGAUCCUGGCUUCCACGAUGCUCUACGUCCUGUGGAAGAACAUCGGACGCAAAGUGGACAGUCAACAGCAUCGGAACAUACAGUUCAAAUUUCCCGGGGUCAUGGCGGGCUCGGUCCUGGGCCUGACUGUACUAGCCGCCACGAUUGGGAUUGUGGUGGUAUAUCUGAUUCAGAUCGGGCGCUCCAAAACCAAGAGCGAGUCAGCACUCAUCAUGUUCUACCUGUAUGCCAUCGCCUUGCUGAUGCUCAUGGGGGCCGCGGCACUGUUCGGAAUCUGGAUUUACAGGAUAGACGAGAAAUCUCUAGAUGAGUCUAGAAACCCAGCCCGCAAACUGGACGCGGACCUCUUGGUGGGCACUGCCUCCGGCUCCUGGCUCAUCUCCUGGGGCUCCAUCUUGGCCCUCCUCUGUGCUGAAGCCCGCCCCCCCUACACCUGGUUCAACCUGCCCUACUCCAUCCUGGUGAUUGCUGAGAAAUACAUCCAGAACCUCUUCAUCAUUGAGUCCGUUCACCGGGAGCCGGAGAAGCUCUCUGAGGACAUCAGAACCCUGCGGGUCGUCACAGUCUGCAACGGUGAUGCCACGCCCCUCGCCUCGUCCUGCCUCAAGAGCGGAGCUGAGACCGUGGACGUGGUUUCCCUGGGCAGUGAGAUACCACAUGUGGCCAAUGGAAAUAUGCGUCUGAGAGAAGGCUGUGGCAGAGAGGCGGGGGAGGGGAGCCGGGAAGGGGCCCCGAGCCCAGCCUGCCACCCCCGUUGCCUGCAGGGCCAUGCCAAGAGAAGAGUGUUGAGGAAUAUUGCAGCCUUUCUGUUCCUCUGCAAUAUCUCGCUUUGGAUCCCUCCUGCUUUUGGCUGCCGCCCCGAGUACGACAACGGAUUGGAGGAGAUUGUCUUUGGCUUUGAACCCUGGAUAAUUGUGGUCAACCUGGCCAUGCCUUUUUCUAUUUUCUACCGAAUGCACGCAGCUGCCUCUCUCUUUGAGGUCUAUUGUAAGAUAUAGUCUGCAUCCACAUCAAAGCCCAAGGAGUGACCUAACAAGAGAAUUCACUGGAGCCACCUGGGAAUGGCCAGGUUGGGCAAACAUUGCCUGACAAAAGCAAGAAGGCUGCCUUUGUCUGCACCAGUUGUGUUUCCUGCGAGCUGGAAUUGUCUUAUCACCCCAGAUGAAUGUAACCAAGUUAGCUCAGCAUCGAUGAGGCAGCUGAAAUCUCGCCUUGACUAGUU